AUGGCGGACGGCGAGGGCGGCGCCGACGGCCUGGCGGAGAGGCUCGCGGGGGCGGAGAUCGCCGCGGACGGUGGCGGCGGCGAGGAGCCGAGGGUCUCGAAGAACGCCCAGAAGAAAGAGGAGAAGAGGAGGAAGCAGGAGGAGCAGCGCCGGCUCAAGGAGGAAGAGAAGAAGAACAAGGCGGCUGCUGCGGCGGCGGCCGGUGGAGCGCCCCAGCAGGCGGCUGCGGCAGCCGAUGAUGAGGACAUGGAUCCUACUCAAUAUUACGAGAACAGGCUCAGGACCCUUGAUGCACUCAAGGCCGGGGGUGCCAACCCCUAUCCGCAUAAGUUCCUAGCUAGCAUCUCUGUGCCUGGAUAUAUUGAGAAAUACAAGGGCCUUAAUGAGGGGGAGAAGCUUGCUGAUGUUACAGAGUGUCUAGCAGGGAGGAUCAUGAACAAGAGAACAUCAUCUUCUAAGCUCUUAUUUUAUGAUCUUUAUGGUGAUGGCGUGAAGGUUCAAGUAAUGGCUGAUGCCAGGACCUCGGAGUUGGAAGAUACUGAAUUCUCUAGUUUCCAUUCUGGUGUGAAGCGAGGGGAUAUUGUUGGUAUAUGUGGAAUUCCAGGAAAAAGCAAUAGAGGGGAGCUCAGUGUAUUCCCACGGAAAUUUGUUGUGCUCUCUCCUUGUCUUCAUAUGAUGCCCCGGCAGAAGAGUGAAGGAAGUGCGGUGCCUACGCAAUGGGCCCCAGGAAUGUGUAGGGAUAUCGAAAAGUAUGUUUUGAGGGACCAGGAAACUCGUUAUCGUCAACGAUACCUUGAUCUUAUGGUAAACCAUGAAGUGAGACAUAUCUUCAAGACCCGAUCCAAGAUUGUCUCGUUUAUUCGAAGGUUUCUUGAUGGACUUGAUUUUUUGGAGGUGGAGACUCCAAUGAUGAACAUGAUUGCCGGUGGAGCCGCUGCAAGGCCUUUUGUCACACACCAUAAUGAUCUAAACAUGAAGCUUUAUAUGCGUAUUGCACCUGAGCUUUAUCUGAAGGAAUUGGUUGUUGGUGGAUUGGACCGUGUCUAUGAAAUUGGGAAGCAGUUCAGGAAUGAAGGGAUUGAUUUAACACAUAAUCCUGAAUUCACAACAGUCGAGUUUUAUAUGGCGUAUGCAGAUUACAAUGACUUGAUGGAGCUUACUGAAGCCAUGAUAUCUGGUAUGGUUAAGGAGCUGACAGGUGGGUAUAAGAUAAAAUAUCAUGCCAAUGGAGUUGAUAAUCCACCGAUAGAGAUUGAUUUCACGCCUCCCUUUAGAAGGAUAGACAUGAUUGAAGGACUGGAGGCUAUGGCCAAACUGGAGAUACCAAAAGAUAUAUCCAGUGAUGAAACAAACAAGUAUCUGAUAGAUGCAUGUGCCAAGUAUGAUGUUAAAUGUCCACCUCCCCAGACAACAACACGGCUGCUUGACAAGCUAGUGGGCCAUUUCUUGGAGGAAACAUGUGUGAACCCAACAUUUAUUAUCAACCACCCAGAGAUAAUGAGUCCAUUGGCAAAGUGGCAUAGGUCCCGACCUGGGUUGACAGAAAGGUUUGAGCUCUUUGUUAACAAACACGAGGUGUGCAAUGCCUACACUGAGUUGAACGAUCCUGUUGUGCAAAGGCAACGGUUUGAGGAACAAUUAAAGGAUCGUCAAUCUGGUGAUGAUGAAGCUAUGGCUUUGGACGAAACAUUCUGCACUGCCCUCGAGUAUGGACUGCCUCCGACUGGUGGUUGGGGUUUGGGAAUUGAUCGCCUUACAAUGAUGCUGACAGAUUCCCAGAACAUCAAGGUUAGGUUAUUUCCAUUAUUUGUGUUCUUUCAUGCAGUGCAACACUUUUUGACUUGCAUUACGGAACUCAUCUUUCUGAUGCAUUUUCAGGAAGUUCUCCUGUUCCCGGCCAUGAAGCCCCAAGAGUAG